GUGCGUUUGUGCUCAUCCUCAUUUCCAUGUCUUGUGCACGGACACAUUUCCAUAUUUUGGAAUAAAUUCCGUCUUUGACAGUCCAAACCGGCGCUCAGAACACACAUGAAGUAAAUGCAUGUAAACGCAGAUCUAACAGAGUCUGGUCGCAGAAGGAGGCCGUGUUCUGCUGCUCGUAUCAGGCCCCAAGCGUUCUGCAACCUUUGACAGGAAACGCUGUUGCUUGCUUGCAUUGCUUGCGAGAGGGUGUUUCCAUGGAAACCGAGGCAGGUGAGGGCAUUAACAGGAAGAGCAGUUAGAGGCUCAGCUGGCAAAUACAAGAGGGGGGGGUGGAGACAGAAGAAUGAGGUCAGCGCAGUAAAAAGGCUGCUCCGUUAAACAAGCCAAAGCUCCCAAAGGCACUUCCACCUUAAACAGGUCUGACUCAGUGUGUGUUUGGAAAGGCUGGAGAAGUCCAGGUGAAGCAGGAACAGUUUAGAUCAGCCUCCUGUUGGUGCUGGAGGAAACACCAUGAGCACAAAAACACACACACUGCAAGGUUCCAAGGUUGCCUGAAACUGCAGCAUCAAUAAUCAUCCCAAGGACUGUGUUGAACAUUUCGGAUCCCAACUGAAGUUCGAUCGCUUUUCUUUUUUUUUUCGUGUAAAAGCAUCAAACCGAAGCCGUCGCCAUGCCGAUCUUAAAGCAGCUGGUGUCGGGCUCCUCCCAGACCAAACGCCGGUCUCGCAUGGACCUGACCAGGGAGAUGAUCAGCGCUCCUCUGGGUGACUUCCGCCACACCAUGCACGUAGGUCGAAGCGGCGACGCCUUCGGGGACACCUCCUUCCUCAGUACCCGUUCGGGGGAGCCUCCAUCUGAGACCACCUCCUUCCCUCGUUCCCCGCGGCCCGGCCUCUUGUCUCGGACCUUUAGGAGCAGCAAACGCUCCCAGUCGGUCACCAGGGUGGACCAGCAGAAAGACGACUCCCUGGUGGUCGCCGGUGGGUCGCCCACUUACGUAAAGAACGCCAUGUCCCUGCCGUUCCUCAACGACGAAGACCGAGGAGAUGAUAUCGUCUCAAAGAGCAUGUCCUCCAGCCCUUUAAACCACCAUCAUCGCGUGGAAGUGGACGGGAAAGGGGCGGCGGCUGCCAGCUACUUAAUGGAGCUGGAUGAGCGGAACUUCGGGGAGUUGACCGAACUUCCGGAAAGUUCCCAUCACUUCGGGGGCGGAAUGAAACACGCCGAGUCGGUGAUGUCCUUCCACGUGGACUUGGGUCCGUCUAUGUUGGGUGACAUCCUGGGAGUCAUGGAGAAGGAAGAGGACGAUCUUGGAUACGAAGAGGGGAAGAGUAGCGAGGAUCGCGACUCGCCACCGCUGAGCACCCACGGCGAGGAAGAGGAUGGUGGAGAUAAAGAGGACCGGACCAGACAAGAAGAAGAAGACGAAGAAGAUGACGACGAUGAUGAUGAAGAAGCGGCAGAACUCCAGCCACCCUCUACGCAUCCACCCAGUUCUUUCGAUUUGGGACCUGAAAACGGAGGACCAUACACCCCCGAAUACACCCCCGAGACCCGUCCCAAGCACUUACAACAUCUGGAGGACAGCUGUUCCAUGUCCAGCUCCGGUUCCGCCGCCUUCGACGAGAAACCCAACAGCCAAACGUACGCCGGAGACACCGACAGCGCCACCUUCAGCGCCCCGCCGGAAGAGGAAAGCAACUUCUCCUCGUUCUUGGAGGAUGAAGACGACGAAAUCCGAGUGUGAGAUUCCAAAAAAGAGAAAAAAUAGGACGGAGUUCCGGAGCUUUAGAAGGUGUUUAUGUGAAAAUAGCAAGUCCUUUGACAGUGUGGAUUUGCAUUUGAACAGAAAUAAGACGUCGUAGUCGGGUGCGGUGGGAAUGGGAUUGUUGAAGAAGAAGAAGGAGAAGAAGAAGGAAAUCUCUCGCUUUGUCAAGUCGUCUCCUUUAGGACGAGCCCAAAACUCCAUCUGUCAGAGAGCCUUACCCUGCACUUUUCUGAUCAUCUGUCAAUCUGCUUCUGUCUUUGAACACUGAGGGAAGUGACAUGGAAGAGCAGACUCAUGUUGAAUAUGGAACAUUCCAGACGCAAGCCAAGGACGGGGGUAGAAAGGAACUUUUUGGAGGAAAAAAACACUUUCCAUAACUAAAGCCUCGGUUCACGCUUUCUCUCUUCCCUCUCACUUGACCUGUCACAUGUGCUUUUUUUUUUUUCAUCUGGUUCGCCUCGUUUCUCGUUGUUCUCUCUCUCUCUCUCUCUCUCUCUCUUUCCCUGGCUGUGGGACAUCAUGAGGCCUGAGUGGAACAGAAGGCCUCUGUCGCCACAGGAUCACUGGUGGGUAUCUUGUCACAAUAAAAGGGGCUUGUGUUUGUCGCUGGAGUGUGAAACCCUGCCUUGAGCCUGUGUCAUCUCCAAACAUUAGAGUUCAAGUGCCAUAGAUCUGUCAGAGUUUCCUCUCUAAUGUAACUCAGGGUCGUGGUGACGCUGUCUCAAAGGCUGCCAUUUCCUGCUGCAGAGCCGGACCGCAAAGCCCC